UACCAGCAGCAGCAGGAGCAGCAGCAGCAGCAGGAGCAGGAGCAGCAGGAGCAGCAGGAGCAGCAGGAGCAGCAGGAGCAGCAGGAGCAGCAGGAGCAGCAGGAGCAGCAGCAGCAUGACCACUGCCGCUGUUGCUGUAGUGCUAGCAUCGUUUUCACGCCCAGCAGCACAGCUGUGGCUCUCAGCAGCAUUGAUAUGAAGUGGAUAUGA